AAGAUUUCUCAUAGUGUUAAGAAUAAACUAAGGAACUAUAUCAUUAACAAUGGCAGAUAAUACAGUGGACCCAAGUUUUCAGGGGAAAGUUGCUUUGGUAACAGGAGCCGGUAAAGGCAUAGGGAGAGCUAUAGCUGUGAAGCUUGCUGAGCUUGGUGCCAAAGUGUUUGGAAUUUCAAGGACACAAGAAGACCUUGAUAAGCUUAGAGAACAGGUGCCCUCUAUUGAGACUCGUUUAGUGGAUAUAUCAGACUGGGAUAAGACCAGACAGGUCGUGAAGGAUUUGGGUCCCAUUGACAUGCUAGUUAACAAUGCUGGAAUCACCAACUGGACGGGUUUUCUGGAUGUUACUAAGGAGGAACUCGAUAGCCUUCAUGAUAUAAACUUCAAAGCUGCAUUUAAUAUCUCCCAGGUUGUAGCCCAGGGUAUGGCUGCCCGAGGGACGAGCGGGGCAAUGGUGAACAUCUCCAGUGUUGCAGGACAAAGGGUGGUCCACAACCAUACUUGUUACUGUACCGCAAAGGCUGCCCUUGACAUGCUAACAAUGACACUAGCAUUUGAACUCGGACCAAAGAAGAUACGUGUCAACAGCGUGAAUCCAACCAUUGUAUUAACUGAGCUUGGCAAAAUAGGAUGGAGUGAUCCAGUUAAAAAAGCCGGAGCGCUUGCUAAAAUCCCAAUUGGAAGACUGGGAGAGGAAGAGGACAUCGUGAAUGCUACCGUUUUCCUUCUGAGUGACAAGUCGUCAAUGAUAAAUGGAGCAAUACUUCCGGUGGACGGUGGAAUGAUUGUCAGUUGCGUUUAGUAUGAACCACCUGACCUUAAAGAAAUUGAAGUGUAUGUCCUGUUAUUGUGAUGUGUUGCCAAUGUGUUGACAAGCAAA